UCAGACGUUCGGUAUACUGGUGGGCGGAGAAGAUGACAUGGAUUCACCUGCUCCACAUUUAAGACCCCUCAUGUGUGGGUCUACUCGCAGGCUCUAGAUGCUUGAACUGUGACAGGAACUUUUCGAACACCACUGUGGCUUUGGGAGACGAACUGGUUGGGUUUUCAGCUCUUGCUCUUUUCUGCGCAAAUGUAGCACGUAUCUCUACUCCUCUAGAUCCUGCCGAACUCUCCGCACUAGCCACUACUUGGGCUCAUCCCCAUGACUUGAGGCAGCGGGUACCAUUUGGAGACGAUAAAUUUCCAAAAAUGGUCAAGGAUAACAGGUUCAUCGUGGACAAGACCUCAUGGAUCGGGGAGGCACUUACAGGACCUAAACUGAAGCUGAUUACGCGACCCCGUCGGUUUGGAAAAACCGUUAACUUAUCUAUGCUAGAAACCUUCCUGACCAAGGAUGAAAAGGUAGAAGCAAUGAACCUUUUUGCAGGUUUCAGUAUCCAGAACGAUAGAAAGUUCGAAGAAAUUAGGAUGAAACAUCAGCAUAAGUAUGCUGUUUUUCAUUUUGAUUUGCUGUGUAUCUCCGUCGCCACUACGGCUUUGGAGUUUGAAAACAAAUUCCUUACAUACCUAAGAGAUGAUCUACUCGAAAUCUUUGUCAAGUACGGUCGGCUUCUUGAACCAAUGGAAGAAGAAAUGAUAAAAGAUUACUUACGCAAUAAGGACGGAGGCCUUCAAACACUUCUGCGUGGAUAUUCCCUAAUGAUAAGGAAACUUCAAGCUAACGAUUACAAAAUAGCUGUGUUAAUCGACGAGUACGAUGCGCCUUUUCAUCUGGCAAUUGCAGACGCAAUAGUUGGAACUGCAGAGGGAAAGCCUUUGGUUCUUGGGGAAUUGUAUUCAAAAACUUUGAUUUUGAUGCGAGAGUUUUACUUGUUUUUUUUCAAGGGUGGUAUAAAACUCUCUAUUGAUUGCGGUGUAAUAAUUGGGAUCACAUAUUUAGCAAGAUCUUCAAUUUUUUCUGAUCUCUCGAAUUUCAUGGCUUACACCACUCUUAAUGAUACUAAAUUUGGACCCUACUUCGGGUUUUUGGAUCACGAGGUCAAAUGGCUGAUUAAUUCCUCGGGGACAAACUUAUCAUUUGAAGGAUUUGAAGAGUGGUAUGAUGGCUACCACUUUGCCGGUAAUGUCAUAUUCAACCCGUAUGCUGUUGUGUCAGCAAUUCAUAAUGGUGUGUUUCAUGAUUACUGGGCAAUAUCAGGAUCUCUGAAGAUGAUCAAACACCUUAUUAAGUGUUCAGGCAAGUUCGGUAUGCUGGACCUGUAUUUUCUGCUGAGUGGACGGUCCUUAAGAAAGAAAAUCUACCACGAUUUAAUAUUUGAGGAUCUGAUACAAACAGAAGAGUCCUAUUGGACUCUUAUGACCCAUGCCGGGUAUGUCGAUGCAAAACCGGACAUGCAAACAUCAGAAAAUUACUACUCAUUGCGACUUCCGAAUAAGGAAUUAAAAGAAUAUCUAACCAGCAAUUUCAAAUGUGAAUUGGAUCAAACAAAGCGGAUUUAUGGUAGCUUUAUUGACUCUUUUUAUAAUUUAAAUGAUAAUGCAUCUGAUUUUAACAAAAUUAUAUCCGAUCGUUUCAACACUCGCGAGCCUAUAUAUAUGCUUCACGAAAUGGCGAGUUUAGAAGAAUUAAUAAACGUUUUUAGGUCUUUAUUCGCCGGUCUUGACUUCGACCACCGUUCGCUGGGCAAUUUCACUCUGAAUAAGGAACCAGCCUAUCAGAUCGUAUUUAUCCAUAAAGAAAUUGCACAUGUAUUUAAUAUUGCAAAGGUAGACACCGUAUCUGUUCACAACACUUCUCAUAAUCUUGAACAGUUACUGGACAAACCUCUAAUCAACGAGAAUUUGACAGUAUUUGAAAAGCUGAAAAUCUCAAAAGCAUAUAAAACCGCGAUCAUGAUCAUAAAGAAAGUAGGGAGAGACGUCGGUUCCGAAGCAUAUUGGACCAUCAUCAAAUCAAUAGGCGGUGCUGGGAUAAAAUUCAUGAUAAAUCACUAUUUCCCCCACAGUGGGUGAGUAGCUCAACAAGACUUCCCAAUCGGAAAUUUGACCUUGGUACAAGCUUGUUACGACAUUUUUUCACAUUUGAAUGUAGUUGCCAAGCUUAUCUUGCUAAUGUUCCCACAAUGUUAGCAGAACAUUUAUUUUACCUCUGAGACAAGCUUGAGCCCAAAGAUUGUGCUAAUGUUAGGUUUGUAAAACUGCUCCAAGCCCAAUAUUGGUAGGACAUUAUUUUACUUCCGAGACAAACUUUGGUAUUCAAUAUUGUGACAAUAUUAUGUUAAUA